CUCUUUCCUAGUGUUUCAGAUCUCUCGCUCAUAAUUUUCGACUCAGCAAAAAUUCCAUUUUCGCUGUCAAAUUAUAUAUGAUAUAUAUGUAUUUAUAUAUACACACUUCUCUCUUUAGUUUCUCUCUUUAGAAGAACCCCCUCCUAUCUUUCUCUCUCUAGAUCUCUCUCUCUUAGUUUCUCUUUGGUUCUCGGAGGGUUCGAGGGUUUCUCUUUGCUGCUCCAGAUCUCAGAAGUUAUCUGCUGCUACGCCGUCGUUCUUACCUCUCGUUCCCGAUCCUUUUCCAGAUCCGGAGCUUCGAUCUCGAAGCUUUGUUGUGUCUUCCGCCAUGGCGGCCGCAAACGCUCCGAUCACCAUGAAAGAAGCGCUCACGUUGACUAGCAUAGGGAUCAACCCGCAGUUCAUUACGUUUACGAAUGUGACGAUGGAAUCCGAUAAGUACAUUUGUGUUCGUGAAACGGCUCCUCAAAAUAGUGUGGUGAUCAUUGAUAUGAACAUGCCAAUGCAGCCAUUGAGGCGGCCUAUUACUGCAGAUUCGGCACUUAUGAAUCCAAAUAGUAGAAUUUUGGCACUAAAAGCUCAACUUCCUGGAACCACUCAAGAUCACUUACAAAUAUUUAACAUUGAGGCAAAAGCAAAGAUGAAGUCACAUCAGAUGCCGGAACAGGUUGUCUUUUGGAAGUGGAUUACCCCUAAGAUGUUGGGUUUAGUCACACAAUCCUCAGUUUACCACUGGUUAAUUGAAGGUGAUUCUGAACCUGUAAAGAUGUUUGAUAGAACCGCCAAUUUAGCCAACAACCAAAUAAUUAAUUAUAAAUGUGAUCCUUCUGAAAAGUGGUUGGUUUUGAUUGGAAUUGCUCCUGGUUCACCUGAGCGGCCUCAACUGGUCAAAGGAAAUAUGCAGCUGUUUUCUGUGGAUCAGCAACGCAGUCAAGCUCUUGAGGCUCAUGCUGCAUCAUUUGCUUCUUUUAGAGUUCAAGGGAAUGAUAAGGAUUCCAUUCUUAUUUCUUUUGCAACGAAGUCCUCUAAUGCUGGUCAGAUCACAUCCAAGUUGCAUGUUAUUGAGCUUGGUGCUCAGCCAGGGAAACCAUCUUUUACAAAAAAGCAAGCAGAUCUGUUCUUCCCUCCGGAUUUUGCUGAUGAUUUUCCAGUGGCCAUGCAGAUAUCUCAUAAGUAUAGUCUUAUUUAUGUGAUUACAAAGCUUGGUCUGCUCUUUGUAUAUGAUCUGGAAACAGCCACAGCCGUAUACAGAAAUAGAAUCAGCCCUGAUCCCAUAUUUCUGACGUCAGAAGCAUCAUCUAUUGGAGGUUUCUAUGCAAUUAACAGGAGAGGCCAGGUUUUACUUGCUACAGUGAAUGACGCAACUAUCGUGCCCUUUGUCAGCGGGCAGUUAAACAAUCUGGAGCUUGCUGUUAAUCUUGCCAAAAGAGGAAACCUUCCUGGUGCAGAGAAUUUGGUUGUCCAGCGUUUCCAAGAAUUGUUUGCUCAGACAAAGUACAAGGAGGCUGCUGAGCUUGCUGCAGAAUCUCCACAAGGCAUCCUCCGGACACCUGAUACUGUUGCCAAAUUUCAGAGUGUUCCUGUUCAAGCUGGCCAGACACCACCGCUGCUACAGUACUUUGGAACACUGUUAACCAAAGGAAAGCUCAAUGCAUUUGAGUCUCUGGAGCUUUCGCGUCUUGUUGUCAACCAGAACAAGAAGAAUCUAUUGGAGAACUGGUUGGCUGAAGAUAAAUUGGAAUGUAGUGAGGAGCUUGGAGACCUUGUGAAGACUGUUGACAAUGACCUUGCCCUAAAAAUAUAUAUCAAAGCCAGAGCUACACCGAAAGUUGUGGCGGCUUUUGCCGAGCGUCGGGAGUUUGACAAAAUCUUGAUAUACUCAAAGCAGGUUGGGUAUACACCUGACUACCUGUUCCUUCUUCAAACCAUUUUGCGGUCAGAUCCUCAGGGAGCUGUUAAUUUUGCCCUUAUGAUGUCUCAAAUGGAGGGAGGUUGUCCCGUUGAUUACAAUACCAUUACCGAUCUCUUUCUUCAGAGGAACAUGAUCCGUGAGGCAACAGCAUUUCUGUUGGAUGUCCUGAAACCAAAUCUGCCGGAGCAUGCCCACCUGCAAACUAAGGUCCUGGAGAUCAAUCUUGUGACAUUCCCUAAUGUGGCAGAUGCCAUUUUGGCAAAUGGCAUGUUUAGUCACUAUGAUAGGCCACGCAUUGCGCAACUUUGUGAGAAAGCAGGUCUUUAUGUGCGAGCACUUCAGCAUUACAGUGAACUGCCUGAUAUCAAGCGUGUCAUUGUCAAUACUCAUGCAAUUGAGCCACAGGCGCUUGUGGAAUUCUUUGGGUCACUGUCUAAGGAAUGGGCCCUAGAGUGCAUGAAAGAUCUUUUACUCGUCAACUUAAGAGGAAACCUUCAGAUAAUUGUCCAGGUUGCAAAAGAAUAUUGCGAACAAUUGGGCGUCGAAGCAUGUAUUAAGCUCUUUGAGCAGUUCAAAUCAUAUGAAGGAUUAUACUUCUUCUUGGGCUCGUAUUUGAGCUCCAGUGAGGAUCCUGAAAUUCACUUCAAGUACAUUGAAGCAGCUGCCAAGACUGGACAAAUUAAAGAGGUUGAACGGGUGACAAGGGAAUCAAAUUUCUAUGAUCCUGAAAAGACUAAGAACUUUUUAAUGGAAGCGAAACUCCCUGAUGCGCGGCCACUGAUCAAUGUGUGUGACCGCUUUGGUUUUGUUCCUGACCUCACACAUUACUUGUACUCCAACAAUAUGCUUCGCUACAUUGAAGGUUAUGUGCAAAAGGUUAAUCCAGGAAAUGCUCCAUUAGUUGUUGGGCAGCUCCUAGACGAUGAGUGUCCUGAAGAUUUCAUUAAAGGCCUAAUCCUUUCUGUCCGUUCUCUCCUUCCAGUUGAGCCUUUGGUGGAGGAGUGUGAAAAAAGGAAUCGACUUCGUCUACUUACUCAAUUUUUGGAGCAUCUUGUGAGUGAGGGAAGCCAAGAUGUUCAUGUCCACAAUGCUUUGGGUAAAAUCAUAAUAGAUAGCAACAACAACCCAGAACACUUCCUCACCACCAAUCCAUAUUAUGAUCCUCGUGUUGUGGGUAAAUACUGUGAGAAACGUGAUCCUACCCUUGCUGUUGUGGCAUACCGGAAAGGAACAUGUGAUGAUGAACUUAUUAACGUGACAAAUAAGAAUUCUUUGUUCAAGCUGCAAGCGAGGUAUGUGGUUGAAAGAAUGGAUGGUGAUCUUUGGGCCAAGGUUCUUGAUCCUGAAAAUGAAUUCAGACGACUUCUCAUCGAUCAAGUUGUAUCUACUGCUUUGCCUGAAAGCAAAAGUCCAGAACAAGUUUCUGCUGCUGUUAAGGCUUUUAUGACAGCUGAUCUUCCUCACGAACUAAUUGAGUUGCUUGAAAAGAUUGUGCUUCAAAACUCGGCUUUCAGUGGGAACUUCAACCUGCAGAACUUACUUAUUUUAACUGCAAUCAAGGCUGAUCCAUCUAGGGUUAUGGACUAUGUUAAUAGACUUGAUAACUUUGAUGGCCCGGCAGUUGGAGAAGUGGCUGUGGAAGCCCAAUUAUACGAGGAAGCUUAUGCUAUAUUUAAGAAGUUCAAUUUGAAUGUACAGGCUGUUAAUGUCUUGUUGGAUAAUAUCCGAGAUAUUAACCGAGCUGUAGAAUUUGCAUUCCGCGUUGAAGAAGAUGCUGUAUGGAGUCAAGUGGCUAAAGCUCAACUCAGGGAAGGACUCGUCAGUGAUGCAAUUGAAUCAUUUAUUCGUGCUGAUGAUGCAACUCAGUUCCUCGAAGUCAUCAAAGCUGCGGAGGAUGGGGAUGUUUAUCAUGACCUGGUGAAAUAUCUUCUCAUGGUUAGGCAGAAAACAAAAGAACCCAAAGUGGAUAGUGAGCUCAUCUAUGCAUAUGCUAAGAUUGAUAGGCUGGGUGAUAUUGAAGAAUUUAUUCUCAUGCCAAAUGUCGCCGAUCUACCUAAUGUUGGUGAUCGCUUGUAUGAUGAAGCUUUAUAUGAGGCUGCAAAGAUUAUUUUUGCUUUUAUCUCUAACUGGGGCAAAUUGGCAAGCACAUUAGUGAAGUUGCAACAAUUCCAAGGAGCUGUUGAUGCUGCGCGGAAAGCCAAUAGCGCAAAGACAUGGAAGGAAGUCUGUUUUGCCUGUGUUGAUGCUGAGGAGUUCCGCUUGGCUCAGAUUUGUGGCCUCAACAUCAUUGUACAGGUUGAUGACCUGGAAGAGGUCAGUGAGUAUUAUCAGAACAGAGGAUGCUUUAAUGAGCUUAUAUCUUUAAUGGAGAGUGGUUUGGGAUUGGAACGCGCGCAUAUGGGUAUCUUUACGGAGCUUGGUGUCCUUUAUGCUAGAUAUCGCCAUGAGAAGCUCAUGGAGCACAUUAAAUUGUUUUCUACUCGUCUCAACAUUCCCAAGCUGAUCCGAGCAUGUGACGAACAGCAGCACUGGCAAGAGCUCACCUACUUGUACAUUCAGUAUGACGAGUUUGAUAAUGCUGCAACAACUGUCAUGAAUCACUCCCCUGAAGCUUGGGAUCACAUGCAAUUCAAAGAUAUUAUUGUCAAAGUUGCCAAUGUGGAGCUGUAUUACAAGGCUGUGCACUUCUAUUUGCAAGAACACCCUGAUCUCAUCAAUGAUGUUCUAAACGUUCUUGCUCUUCGUGUGGAUCACACCCGUGUUGUGGACAUUAUGAGAAAGGCGGGACACCUGCGUCUUGUUAAGCCAUAUAUGGUAGCUGUUCAGAGCAAUAAUGUCUCUGCAGUGAAUGAAGCUCUCAAUGAGAUCUAUGUAGAAGAAGAGGAUUACGACAGGCUACGUGAAUCAAUUGACUUGCACGAUAAUUUUGAUCAGAUUGGCCUUGCUCAAAAGAUUGAGAAACAUGAGCUUCUUGAGAUGAGGCGCGUGGCAGCCUACAUUUACAAGAAGGCAGGCAGGUGGAAGCAAUCAAUUGCCUUAUCAAAGAAAGACAACCUUUACAAGGAUGCGAUGGAGACAGCUUCACAAUCUGGCGAUCGUGAGCUUGCUGAGGAGUUGCUUGUUUACUUCAUUGAACAGGGUAAGAAGGAGUGCUUUUCGUCAUGCCUCUUUGUUUGUUACGAUCUAAUUCGCCCAGAUGUCGCACUUGAACUUGCGUGGAUGAAUAACAUGAUUGACUUCGCCUUCCCAUAUCUGUUACAGUUUAUCCGGGAAUACACGGGCAAAGUUGAUGAACUAAUUAAAGACAAGAUUGAGGCUGUCAAAGAGGUGAAGGCUAAAGAGAAUGAGGAGAAAGAGGUUAUGAUGCAACAGAAUAUGUAUGCCCAGUUACUGCCUCUUGCUUUGCCAGCUCCACCUAUGCCAGGCAUGGGAGGUCCUCCUGGGAUGGGUGGGGGGUUUGCCCCUCCCCCACCCAUGGGUGGUAUGGGCAUGCCUCCGAUGCCGCAAUUUGGCAUGCCACCAAUGGGGUCCUAUUAA